AUGCAUCGCUGGUUCUUUGCCAAUGAGAGAGAGGAGUGUGUUCCUAAAGUUGAAUCAGAGGAUCCGAAUGCUGGAGCCGAAUCGGAGACUGGAAACGUUGAGAAAGAGGAGUUGCCGGCUUAUACGGAUUGGCCCUUUUGUGUGAUCGUGAGAAAACCCUUGGAGGAAAAUGAGUUUGCGGCAAUCAGUGGCAAUUGUGAUGAGCUGGGAAAUUGGGAUCCCAAGGAAUUCAUUAUGAUGGAGAAAUCUCCGACUUAUUGUGAGGAUAACUAUAGAGCGCACAAGUUUACCGCGACAAUAAGAAUACCACGUAAUUUUGAUAUUGAAUAUAGAUAUUGUAUUGUUGCCAUUGAUCCCAUAUUGGAUGUGAGUAUCAUACGAUUUUGGGAGGUUCAUCCAGUGCCGAGAGUCAUACGAACUUGCCACAAUUUGCUAAAGAAAUGUGAUUGUUUUGGAGUGCAGAAUAUAGAGGGAGCUGAAUAUAAAGUCGACCGAGGUUGGACCACAAAUGAGACCUUUGUACAAUUUCAGAUAUUCAAUGCGCCCUUUAUCUGGCUGAAACACACGCCACGCCUACUUUAUGUGCACCUACAGCCCAUGUUUGAAUCGGAACUCGAUCAAUGUGCCAUGGGAUCCAUGGAGACUGUACGAUUGACGACCGUCAGUAUCUUUAAUACACAUACCGUCAAGGAAACCGUACAAAAUACCCAGUUGGCUUUUACGGAGGUGGUCAACUUGCAGCAUGCGGUCAAAUUGCACUUUCAGGUGCCCAGUGGGGCACGUUGUGGUGCCGAGGAUCUACAACUGUUUCACUGUACCAUCUACAGUCCCGAGAGCACUCUGUAUCGCCUCGAUCUUUAUACGUUUGCGAAUAAGGCUGCCCAUGAUGAGCCACCUUAUCAUUAUGGCUAUGGAUUUAUCUAUCCUAAACAACUGAUUAAUUCCGAGGGAUCUUUGCGCUUGAAGAUCGCAUGUGCUUCCACACAUCGUCCGUUGAUCGAGAUGAGCUUAAAAUAUCUCAUUAUUCGACCUUUACCUACGAUCAAAUGCGAUUUAAGACGUUCGUUUGCUCGUUAUUGGCGUACCGGACAUUCGGUUAUGGAGGUCGGACAUCGGGGCACGGGACCAACUUAUCGAUUAAACGAUCAUGUUUAUCGGGAGAAUACACUGUACGCUUUUCGACGUGCCCAUCUCAAUCAUGCAGGUAUGAUUGAAUUGGAUGUGAUGUUGACUAAAGAUGCUCAGGUCGUUGUCUUUCAUGAUUUCUCGCUAAAAUUUGCACAGAAUUGUGUGGCAACCCUACAGAAUAUGGCAGAUACAAAUGAUGUAAUUGUAUUUCCCUACGAGGGAUUUAAUCGCCUCAAGUUACUUUCAAUGGGAGGAGUGAAGCGUGGAGAGUAUAUAAUAAUGCCCAUACAAUCGAUGACCUAUGAUGAUCUAAAACUGGCGAGUGUUUUACGUUUUGCCGGCAUCGAGGGUUGCAAUAUCAGUUGCGAACAGUUUUUAGCGGAUCAACAACCGUUUUGUCUGCUCAGCGAUCUUUUUGACUUGAAGAAUUCGGGUUUGCCAGAGACUUUGGGCUUUAAUAUCGAAAUCAAGUGGCCUCAACAGGAAAGCAAUCAACGCUGGGAGUCAAAUAGUUUUAAGCCCAGUUUCGAUCGCAAUAUUUAUGUGGAUACAAUUCUCGAAAUCGUCUUUAACCUAGCUGGAAAACGUCGCAUUUUCUUCUCCAGCUUCGAUGCGGAUAUUUGCCAGAUGGUACGCUAUAAACAGAAUUAUUAUCCUGUACUGCUGCAGAUCGUGGAUAUUGAUAAAUCCGUUCAGUAUUUGGAUCAGCGUGUUGGCGUACUGGAUAAUGCCGUAUAUUUCUCACAUAGCAUGGAGUUUUUUGGGCUAAGUCUCUACAGUAGUGUUUUAUUAAAGAGACCUCUCACUCUCGGCCUGAUUCGUGAGCUUCAUAUGCAAGUCACGAUCUGGGGAUCGGCCAAUAAUAAGGAAGCAAUUCGCGAAAAGUUCAAACGAUAUGGAGCAAUUGCUAUAAUAUUCGAUCGGAUCGAUCAACGUGAUCAGCAGGGCGAAGUAUUGCAGGAAAUUAUCUGUUGCAUCGAUUCACCGGCGACACGGGGUGAAAUUGUCGCCACGCAGUAUAUGGAAAGAAUCUUUAAGUGCCGCAAGCGAUUUUAAAAUACCCCAAAUGAUCCUCGAGUUCUCUUUUAAAUUUAUUUGAAAAUGAAGUAAAUGUAACGAUUUUCUAUUAUAAUUGAGAGGCCCUACGUUUUAUUGCAGUACUUGCAGUAGCGGACAAUAAAAUCCGAACCGUGAAAUAUAAUAUUA